AUGGCAUUGUCUCGCUCCGCCGUUCUCCGUGUGCUGGUCGCGGUGGCUGUUGUGGCGCCGCUUGUCGUCGUCGUCGUCGUCGCGGACUCGCCGCCGCUGCAGGACAUCUGCGUGGCCGACCUGCGGGCCGCGACCGCCGUCGACGGGUUCCCGUGCAAGCCGGCGGCGUCCGUGGUGAGCGACGACUUCUUCAGCGACGCCAUCGUGUCGGCUCCCAGCACGAGCAAUCCGUUCGGUGUCAACUCCACGCGCGCCACUGUAUCGGCGUUCCCUGGCCUGAACACGCUGGGCCUCUCCAUCACGCGCACCGACCUCGCGCCCGGCGGGCUUAACCCGCCGCACUCGCACCCGCGCGCCUCUGAGCUCGUGCUCGUCCUCAGCGGCGAGGUCAUGGUGGGGUUCACGACGGCCACCAACCGGCUCUUCUCCAAGGUGGUCAGGGAGAAGGAGCUCUUCGUCGUGCCCCGCGGUCUGCAGCACUUCCAGCUCAACGUCGGCGCCGGCAACGCGUCGUUCGCCGCCAUGUUCGACAGCCAGUCUCCCGGUCUCGUCACGCCGACCUUCGCGCUCUUCGCGACCCAGCCGGCCAUGCCGAUGGAGGUGCUCGCCAAGACGUUCCUCAUGGGCGAGGACGAAGUGGACGUCAUCAAAUCCAAGUUCGCUGGCUUUUGA